UCUAUGAUAAUUUUAUCUCUUCUCGUCAACUCCAGUGUUACGUAGCUUUCUUUUAUCGGCAUGACACACAGAGUGCCUCCCAAAGUUCCAUUGCAUUUAUUGCAACAAUAGCACGUAUGCAUUAUGCACGUAUGUCUGUUUGCAUUCAUAAGUAUACCAAGUUGCUACAGUUUCAAAACAAUAUCAGCUGCAAUUGUGGCGAAAUGAAACAUGAAAACCAUUGAAGGAAAAGUCGUUCUUUUAGGUUCUCAAGGAGUUGGUAAAACAAGCAUAAUCAACCGAUAUAUCAAUAAAGCAUUUAAUAAUCUAAAUAAUCCAACUAUUGGAGCUUCAUUUUUUUGUUGCAAGAUCAAUUUGGACAAUGCACGGGUCAAAUUCCAAGUUUGGGAUACAGCCGGUCAAGAAAGGUUCAGGUCCAUGGCUCCUAUGUAUUAUAGACAUGCUAAUGCAGCUUUUCUUGUAUUUGACAUAACUCAAUAUAAUACUUUCACUGCCUUAAAAUCAUGGGUUCUAGAACUGAAGCGUAACAUUGAGGAGCCUAUUGUUCUGAUCUUAAUAGGUAAUAAAUUAGAUUUGGUCAAUAUUAGAAAAGUACCCAACGAGGAGUGCAAGCAGUAUGCAGAGUCUAUCGGAGCUAGCUAUCAUGAAAUAUCAACCUUAAAUGAUGAAGGAGUUGAACAAGUAUUUUUAACAGCUGCUCUUGGCCUUCUGAAACUAACAGAAAGCGACAAAGACAUUACUUUGAGUUUGAAAAUUUAUGAUUCACAUAGCUCAGGACCAAGUAUUUCAGAUUUGCCUUUACACGAAGAAGCACUUUCCAAUACAAGUAUAGCCCAUGGAAUCAAUGAAAAACCAUAUUUUUGUUGUUGACAAAAAUUUAAAAAACCAUUAUAAAUAUCCACAAUUUUGAAUGUAAAAAAACGUAUAGAUAAUUCAAGUACUUCUUUUAAUGAACAUUUAUUGUUUUUCUAUCAAUAAUCAUUUAAUUACUCAGACUUGAAUCAAAUAAAAUUAAUGAAAGUGACCUUACAAGGCACAUCUGUGCAAGUAGAGAAACAAACUCUUUGAAUAAAUAAUGAAUGUAUAAUACGCAAUGACCAACAAUAAUUAAACUGCUGUUGUAAUGCAUCUUGUGGAAAAAGUGAGUGUUAAUUUUAAUUAAAGUAUCUUCCAUCCAGCAUUAUGGAAUGUAAUAAAUUAAUGAAAUUGAUUAUAGAUGAAGAGGUAAUUUUCAAAUUUUUCUAAUCAUAUAUGUACCAUUUAUAUUUCAAAAAAAUGUUAAAGAUAAUGUAUUAAAGAAGACUGAUAAUUUUCAUAUGUCAAUUUAUAAAGAUAAAUAAAUGACAAUAAAUGGUUGCCAUACAAAAGUUAUAAAAAAUGAACAAUGAAA